AUGCGGACUCGAAAGCAGCAAAAGCAACACGCAAGAAGCUCCUGGACGGGAGAAAUCUCGUCGGAUGGACAAGCGACGGAUAAUAUGGAUUCUAUUCCAGAAGACUUGGAAGUACAUUCCUCAUCAUCGAACAUUGGGCAUUCGUUGCCAAACCCUGAUGAAGUUGAUCGACCAGACAGAUCGCAGCGCAAGUGGCUGCUAUGGGUGGCUCUUUGCCUGAUUGUGAUUGCCGCGACUGCCAUUGGAUUGGAACUGGGACUUCAGCGUGGUGAUGAGGACCCAAGAAAGAUUCAAAAUGCAGGUACCGCCCGAGACACCGCCUCCGACCAAAAGCGAAGAAUUCGAUUGCAACGUUAUUUGGUCAACAAUGAAGUCAAUACCAAUGAAGAAUUUGAUGAUCCCGAGAGCCCUCAAUCCUUGGCUCUAGAUUUUUUGGCAAUGAUUGAUGAACAACGACUCAACGCUCCGUCUGGUGACUUGAGAAGUAGAGAUGGUUACCGAUUGUUGACUCGAUACGUCAUGACACUGUUCUACUACCAAAUGGACGGUCUGAACUGGAACUUUGAUCUACUUUUCCUAUCCGACUUCGACACUUGUUAUUGGUUCUCCCUCUUUGAACCUCCAGUGGGACAGCUAGGUGUCAUUUGUAACGAAAACACCAAUGAGAUUACCGGGUUUUCAUUCAUCAGCGACAAUAUCUCUGGACAACUUCCAAAAGAGCUUGCCCAUCUCACCACUUUUUCCUACAUUGAAUCGAUCGGCAAUGACAUCAGUGGAACUAUCCCAGAUGAGUUUGAAAAGCUUACCAAUUUGAGAACCAUGGUAUUUGCAUGGAAUGCCAUGAGUGGGACUAUUCCUUCGUGGAUCGACAAUCUCAAUCGAUUAGAGUUCUUGUAUCUAUCGAACAACCUGUUCACAGGAGCUGUGCCCAAUCAGGUUGAAAAGCUUACAAAUUUGAAGGUUUUGGCAUUGAACGAUAACGUGCUUGAUGGUGAUGUAAAUUCCGUCUGGAAGCUUCCAAAGCUGGAGUAUCUAUUCUUGGAAGACAAUCAAUUCACUGGACAGCUGCCACAAAAUUUGGGAAAUGUUGCGUCGCAACUUAUCAACUUGGAUAUCUCGUCCAAUGGCAUGGUUGGACCACUUCCGUCUGAUCUCUUUGAACUCUCAAGCCUAGAGAUUGUCGAUCUUCACGGCAAUGACUUUACUGGAGUGAUCCCAGAGGCUGCCAUUACGACACCGAGUGCAAUCAAGUUCAUUGCUCUGCACAAAAAUUCUUUGAAUGGACAGAUUCCUCCCAGUUUAGCAACGCUAAACGUCCUGGACCUGUCCAGUAAAGACUUGCUCAGUCCGGAAGAAGAACCGGCACCGGCCACAAAAACGAAGAAAAGAGAACAUCUGCUGCCGUCUGCAAAGUGGUCCGUCUUCUUUUCCUAG